CAGAACUCCCAAAAAAGUUUUAAGAAAUUUCGAGGAACCAUUGUUUUUUGGAAGUAACGCCCUUAUAAAGAGCUAAGCUUCUUCGUUCCUGUUUUUGUUAAGUGUUAUUUUGAAAAGUAAUUAAUGUUUUGACUAAGAAUUGAAACUAAGCUUAGACAGGUUUACGUAAAGAUAAAGUCUUUAAAAUAUUGAAAUAAACUAUUUAAACCUUGUUAAUUCUGCAAAGAAGAAUUUUUUUUCGCCGGAACAUACUCACCAUUGUCGUUAUUAACCCUAAGUAAAGAUGCAAAGUUUUGCUAAACCAAAAUACUCUAAGCCUUUAAGGUUCGGCGAGGCCAUUGAAUUGGUGCUCGAGUGGAUAUCCAUUGAACCCAAGGACCGACAAACUUUCAAGGAAGAUGCCCAGCAAAUUGAAAAUGAGUUUAUCCGGGCCAUAUCCCGCCAAGAUCCCUUUUUCGCCAGUGCAUUCCGGGGCCUCGCUUUGACGGGCAGUAAUCUGGAUGACGUUAAGAUCAAUCUGCCGGAUGAGUUCGAUAUGCUGACCACUGUACAGAUGCCAUGUGAAGUGAAACCAAUUCCGCUGAAAGGUCAUCCCAGCUAUGUUUCUCUACGGGUCAGUGGGGCACAUAUUCCCCACCACCUGGUAAAUCGGGAAGGCGAGGAAUACUACAUAAGCCGGCGGAAGGUUCAGUCCUGGUUCCGGGAUAACAUCAACGAAGUAAUCCCUGAGCUAUACAACAUACAAUGCGGGGGCGGGCGAUCCUACGAGCUGAGAAAUAUUUCCGGCGGUCAUGUAGCCCACACUAUUAAGGCUACCUGCUUAUCCGAUCCCGGACGAAAGAUUUGCUUUGACUUUGUGAGCGCCUUUAAGUUCUCUGCACGGGAGUGGCCACGGGUUUUCCCGCAGCACAGAGAUGGGGAUCGCAGCUGGUACGCCGUGCCCUGUAAGAUUCGAUCUCACAAUGCUGUUGAUGAUCCUCUAUCUUUCAUCGUCUGCGCUCCUUACUGGGAGCGAAUGGUCCUAAGCAAGAAACAGAACCUCAAGGACGGAUUCAGGCUGAUGAAAGCCCUGCGAGAUGCAAAUGAUAUGCCCAAGAUCUUCAGCUACACAAUCAAGAGUGUCUUCCUGAAUGCCGCCAAUAGAAAGAAGAUCAACUGGAAUCAAUCCCCCGGUCAAAUACUCAUCCGGGCAGUCGACCUUAUGGUGAUGUUCCUCCGGAGGGGCUUUCUCCCAUUCUACUUGGUGCCCGAUGCAAGUGUAUUGGAGGGCAUUUCCGUGGACGAGAGGCGGGACUAUGCCUCAAGACUUCGCCGCAUCUUACGUCGGCUCAUCAAGUGCAGGAAUCGCAAUUGCAUGACUCCAGAUGAUAUGCAGUUCAUAUUUGGAAUGCGGUACUAAUGGUGUACUUUUGUUUUAGCAGCUUGUUGAAGGCAGCAUGCCAUAUAUUUUGCAACAUCAAUUAAU